AUGGCGUCCAACAACUUCCUUCUCAACGUCGUGGCCACCGUCACCACCACCCUUUCCACCGGCGACCUCGUCUCCGACAUGAAGCACCGCAUCUUCCCACUCCCCCUCCACCCGUUGCUCAACAAAGAAACUGCCCUGCCUCAUGUGCGAAACGUUUCGGACGCCAUCUCCAUUCCCCUGCACCCUUCCGUCCUGGAAAAAGUCGUGGACUCUGCUCGCCACGUGAAGAGUGUGGUAGUUGAAGAGCAGGGGAAGAUGUGCGCCAUCUGUUUGGAGAGGUUUGAGGUGUCCGGUGAAGCGAUUCGCCUGCGGUGUGGUCAUCUUUAUCAUCGUGAUUGCAUUGGGAAUUGGCUGCAGAAGGGGAAAAGGCAAUGUCCUGUUUGCAGAUCCCAGAUUCCCUAG